AUGGUUGACGUUGCGACUGGAGCCCUCGAAAAUGAAGACCUGAAGGAUGCCGAGUUGUUCAACUAUGUCGACACCUCACGAACUGAAGAGGAAACUUUCCAUUUCCUCGGAUUCGAGUUCCUUCACCGUUUGAACAUCGUCCGAAUCCAAAACGAGCUCAUUGAAAUGAGAGAAGGCAUUUCAGGCACUCGGGGACGAGGUUAUGACAAAGGGAAGCUAAACGAACUGCUUAAUGAUUACACAACGGCACUCAGGAACUAUAACUAUAUCCGUGAAUCCAAUCGGAUUCACAGCGAGACCACGGAGCGGAGGAAACAGCGUCUCAAGCUCAAGUUUCCCUCUAUGACGACGACCUACCAGCAUACCCGCCCAUUCGAGUCUCACUACUACUACCUACACGAUAACGCCAAGAAUCCAGCACCAGAUGUCCUUCGCGAUAAACUCAGACACUGGCUCCCGCCUCAGCUCUCUUACUCUGCCCAGGAACGCCUAUACCGUAGCAAGGAGUUCGACGAAGGGAAGCCACCGGCCGAGAUCUCUCCCUUCGUGGACAAUCUGGUUCGGCUAUCGGUUGCACUCGUCGCAGUGGUAGUGCUUGUUGCGCCGAUGUGUAUCAUGUCUGUGCAUCCGUCGCCGACGAAGAGUCUCAUCACGUCGUCAGUGUUUAUGAUUAUAUUUGCGUGCGCCCUUUCGUUUGGGGUUAAGAGCUCGAACAUCGAGACGUUAGUAGCGACUGCUACUUACUCGGCUGUGCUUGUUGUGUUUGUUGGGACAAAUUCUUCGUCAUAA